CAAGAAAGAAAAAUAUCUCACCGAUAGGACGAGUUUGGCAUUUUCAUCGUCAUAAGUUCCACGCAGCUCGGCGAAGCUCCACUCUCAAUUUUUCACGAUUAAUUUGUUGUCCUCACCUGGACUCGAGCGUUCCUUCUUCAAUUCACUUUCCCCAACCCCACUGAGCUCCAAAGCAGCCAAGCAGGAAAUUCUGUUUUGUGCUUCCAUGGCGCAAACCCCCAUUGAAGCUGUCACGAGCCCAGCUGCUGUUGUUAGUAAAGUUGCGGGUGCUGCUGCUGAUUGGUUCUUGCCUGUUGAAUUCCUUCAGCAUUGCUUUGAUGCAGUCCAUUCUUUUACCGGUUGUAACUGGUUUCUGUCCAUCGCUUUAACAACUCUGAUCCUAAAGACAACAACUCUUCCCUUCCUGAUAAAUCAGCUUAAAUUUAACAUAAGGGUUUUUGUAAGUCCUAUGCCUGUUAAAAUGUUGUGCACAUUCGCUUUCAGUUAAAGUCCAACCAUCAUUGUUGAUACACUUUUAUCCUUAUGCUCAUUGUAUGUUGGUGCCGCAUUUUCUUACUUGUGGUUGUGUUUCAGCUUGUGACGCUGCAGCUGAAGCAGAUUGAGAAAGUCAUUCGAGAUAAGGGUGUAGAGCCAGAGGCUGUAUAUGGUUAUGAAGUCCAGGAAAAAAAAGAGAAGCUUUACAAGGAAUAUGGUGUUACUCCUUUUACUCCAUGGAAAUGGUAUUUCAUGCAGGGUCCUAUUUCCGUCUGCUUUUUCCUUGCGAUAUGGAACAUGGCGGAAAAAGUGCCUUCAUUUAAAAAUGGCGGAGCAUACUGGUUCACUGAUCUGACUACUCCGGACAGUAUGUACCUACUUCCGGUUUUGAUCGGAUUGGGUUUUUUGACAUCAGUCGAGGUUUGGAGGCACCUGUCAGAAGGUUUGGGGGGAAAUCCCAUUUCUGGUACCAGGAUUACAAUCUCAAGAGUCUUGGCUGUGGGACUUGCUCCAUUAUCAGCGUCCUUCCCCACGGCCAUAUGUGGCUAUCUGUUAACAUACAGCUUCUUCUUAGUGUUGUGUGGUUUAGCGAUCAAGGUUCCUGCGGUGAAGAAAUCCUUGGGCCUUCCUGAAAUAGCCAUGCCACCCACUGCCACACUGGACGAAGAAGUGCUAGGACGAAUCAUCAUCUUCAGCAAAGAUAUCCAGUCGUAGAGCGUCAUCAUCUUGCAAGAAGUAAUACAGCGAUUUUGUUCAUGAACCGACCAAGUGAUCACGCAGACGUAGGGCUGUCCUGCCUGUCCAUUUGGUUUUAAUCGAAACCAAACCAAUUGGAAAGCUAAUGGUUUCAGUUUUUUGGUUUUAAUAAGCAACUUAAUGGUUUUGGUUUGAUUAAAAUCGAGAAACCAAUAGAAACCAAUAAGAAUAAAAUUAUUAAUCAAUUUUUUUCUUCUUUUUUUUUUUUCUUUUGACACGCAUGCUAACCAAUAAUUUGUUAUGAUCAUUUACCAUUAUUUUGACGUUUAUUCAAUAAAAAGGAGGGAAAU